AUGAAGCUAUUUCAAACCAUUGCGACAUGGUCGCUCUCCUCGGGACUCGUCCUCGCUGCUGAGCCCAAAAAACACGACAUAUCUGACUUUGACUGGUCGGUGCUUGAGCCAUCCGCGGCCUUGAAGUAUCAGCCCUGCUAUGAUGGACACAAGUGCGCCAAACUGCAGGUCCCUCUGGACUGGCUCAACCAGUCGAACCCUGCCCGCGUCACAUUGGCAGUCAUUGCGCGCCCGGCCGUGGUGGACGAGACUGAUCCCUCAUUUGGUGGAACAGUCUUCACGAAUCCAGGCGGGCCGAGCGCCUCAGGGAUCAAAUUGGUGCUGGAUCUGGGCGAGCAGACGCAGAGGAUCCUGGAUGGCAACAAGAAAUAUGAGAUCCUGUCGUUUGACCCGCGGGGUGUCGGUUUGAGCACCCCGAACGCAGACUGCUUCCGGGAUGAGUAUACACGGAGUGGGUAUCUCCUCGAGGACCGCCUCCUGGGCAAGCCUGAUUCCGCGCCGGAAAUACUCAAGAGGAAGUUUGCACAGGCCGCCAUGGUGGGCAAGCUGUGUGAGGCAACAGAUGCUACUGAGAAUAUCCGCCAAUUCAUGUCGACAAGCAGCGUUGCGAGAGAUAUGGUUCAGAUGGUCGAUGUACUGGCCGAGAUGCGCAAUGAGACAGCCACGCGAGACGAGACUCUCGAAGACGUCCAGAUGCCGUUGGGCUCUCGCAAGAAUGCAAAGCAGACAGCGACGCCUAGAAUCCAGUACUGGGGGUUCUCGUAUGGGACUGUGCUAGGUAAUACAUUUUCUAGCAUGUUCCCUGGUCGUGUUGGACGCAUGAUACUUGAAGCAGUCGAGGACCCUGUUGAUUAUUACAAUGCGACCUGGAUUCUAAACCUGAAAGACACUCAAAAGGCCCUCGACCAUCUCUGGGAUACGUGCUUUGAAGGCGGUACUCGCUGCCCGCUCUAUGACCCAACAGACAAAAGCCCAGCAGACAUUGAAAGAAAAGUCCGAAACCUCAUGGAUCGAUUGGACAAAACCCCAGAGGUUUACAUCUCCCCCGACACCAUUACCACCAUCACCAAGCAGGACAUCAUUUUCAGAAUUUUCGUGCCGCUUUACAACCCCAUGGACGAUUUCCCCGAUAUCGCGGCGACACUGGCCGAUGCUCUGGCUGGCAACUUCACCAGACUGGUCCAACACCUCAAGAUCCCAAAACCGACCGAUAGCUGCCCCUCGCGCCAGCCCAGCGCAUACACAUAUCCCUGGGUCAAGGAGGCGCAGCACGCCAUUGCCUGUGGUGACGGUGAGUCCCAAGUGGACUUGACCAUCGAGGAAUUCCAAGAAUACCUCGGCGUGCUCAAGAAGGACUCACCAGACUUCGGCGGCUUCUGGUCUGCAAUUCGCCUCGCUUGCUCCGGCUGGCGCAUCCGGGCCAACUACACCUUCUCAGGGCCGUGGGUCACGCCCAAGCACGACCCAAGCGGGGUAGACGGCAAGCCCGUGGCUCCUCUGUUGGUUGUUUCGAGUCUCAUUGACCCUGUUACGCCGCUGGCGAACGCGUAUGAGGUCGCCAAGGGACAUCCUGGGUCGGUGGUGCUGAUCCAAGAUAAUGUCGGGCAUGGGACGAUUGAGACGCCGGGGAAGUGCAGAGAUGAGUUUAUCAGGGCGUACAUGGAGACGGGCGAGUUACCGGACAAGAAGGAUGUGUUUUGCAAGGCAGACUGUAAGCCGUUCCAAGAAUGUCCGGGACACGAAGCAGGGUUGGGCCCGAGGUCGUUGAGAUCCUAUGAGUUGUAG